AUGCGCGCCCCUCCACCCAUCGUGCCGCCGGCCCCCAUGCGUUUGGCUGCAACCGCCGCGCCCGUGCGCGCCCCUCCACCCACCGCGGCGCUGGUCCCCGUGCAUUUGGCUGCACCCGCCGCGCCCGUUCUCGUGCCUCCUCUCUUCCGUCGCUUUCUCCUCCCCCCGCCCCGUCCCGCCUUCUCUCUCCCGUCGCUUUCUCCCCCCGCCGCGCCCCACCUUCUCUCGCCAGCGGGGAGCACGUCCGCCGCCCCGCCUCCUCCUGCCCCGCACCGCCUCCUCCGCCCCGCCCGCAUCCUCCUCGCGCUUGCUGGCCGCCCCGCCUCCUCCUCCUCCGCCACGCCCCGCCUCCUACCCCAGGCGCUCGCUGGCCGCCCCGCCUCCUCCUCCAAGUGGUCGUCUCCCGUCUCCGGCCCCGCCAUGCCGGCAUGGGUGGAGUGUGCCACGGGGAGCUAG